GUCCCAAUUUAAUAAAUUAAUUUGUCUUAAAAUGACCCAACAGAUUACCAAAGUAACCGACGUUUGUUCCUUAAACCUAAAUUUCCGCAAAGAAUCCAAACUAAAUCUCUAAAAACUCAAUAAUUCAUACUCAUUCUUCAACACUCCACUCUUCUUACGCACUAAUUCUUGCCUUCUUCUCCACUUCACUCCACCAAAUUCCGUUACAAUAACCCAAUUCAAAAAUUUAUUAAUCUCUUCUGUUUAAUUUUUGCUAAUCAAACAAAAAAAUGGAGAAGCCAAUCACUAGAAAUUUCUGCAACAAUCAACUCUGGUUGGUCAUUAUUGUCUCCUUCAUUUUCUGUUUUAUUUUACUCUGUUUUGAUUAUUCAGCUCUCACCGGUUCAUCUCAAAAUGGGUUCACGGCUUUGGUUAACAAUUUUGAAAAUCCAAUCACCACCCAGUUAUCAAAAUCACUUAAUCAAACUCAAAUCAAAUCCAAUAAAGAGGACCCAUCUGUUCAAGAUUCUUGUUUGGGUAGUUAUAUUUAUGUUCAGGAAAUUCCAAGGAGGUUUAACCAGGAAUUACUUGAUAACUGUGAGUCAAUCACUGUAGGAACUGAGCAUAAUAUGUGUCCUUAUUUGGUUAAUUACGGUUUAGGAUCCGAAGUUGAAGAUUCUCAAGGGAUUUUGUUGAAUCAAAGCUGGUAUUCCACUAAUCAAUUCUUGUUAGAAGUUAUUUUUCAUAAUAGAAUCAAGAAAUAUAAGUGUCUAACCAAUGAUUCUUCACUUGCUUCUGCUGUUUAUGUCCCGUUUUAUGCUGGUCUUGAUGUGGGUCGAUAUUUAUGGGGGUUUAAUUCAUCAGUAAGAGAUAAAUCUAGCUUUGAUAUUAUUAAGUGGCUGAUUGAGAAACCAGAGUGGGAAAGAUUACAGGGUAGGGAUCAUUUCUUGGUUGCAGGGAGGAUUGCUUGGGAUUUCAGAAGGAAAACUGAUGAGGAAUCUGAUUGGGGGAGUAAAUUUAGGGUUUUGCCUGAGUCUCAUAACAUGUCUAUGUUGGCAAUUGAGUCUAGCUCUUGGAAUAAUGACUAUGCUAUUCCGUAUCCGACUUGUUUUCAUCCGUUGAAAGAUAUCGAGGUGAUUCGGUGGCAGGAUUUGAUGAGGGCCCGGAAAAGGUCGUAUUUGUUCUCGUUUGCCGGUGCUCCGCGGCAGGAUCUUAGGGAUUCGGUUCGCGGGAAGAUCAUCGAGGAAUGUCAAGAUUCGGAGAAGCUAUGCAAGUUGUUGGAGUGUAGUUACGGUGUUAAUGGUUCGAUUACUUGUGAUAAUCCGAUGAAUGUGAUGAAGUUGUUUCAGGAUUCGGUUUAUUGUUUGCAGCCUACGGGAGAUUCGUACACGCGGAGGUCAAUAUUCGAUUCGAUCUUAGCAGGGUGCAUUCCGGUUUUCUUUCAUCCAGGAACUGCGUAUGCGCAAUACAAGUGGCAUUUACCGAAAAAUUAUAGUUCAUACUCUGUGUUUAUACCGGUUAAAGAUGUUAAAGAUUGGAAAACUGGAAUCAACGAGACGUUGCUUCGUAUUCCGGAGGAUAGAGUAUUGGCUAUGCGGGAGGAGGUAAUAAAGAUCAUCCCGAAUAUAAUUUAUGCCGAUCCGAGGUCUAGAUUGGAGGGAAUUGAAGAUGCAUUUGAUUUAGCUGUGAAGGGAAUUCUUGAGAGAAUUGAAAGAGUUAGGAGUGUGAUCAAAGAGGGAAAAGAUCCUAGUGUUGGAUUUGCAGAUGGGGAUGAUUUCAAGUAUACAUUUUCUGGAUAUGUAGGAGAAACUUGAAUUGAUUAUUUAAUUCAUUAAUAUAGAGUAUAUAAUUAGUGAUUAAUUAGUGACUGUUCUUCCAGCAAUUGUUAGCAAGAAGUGAUACUUAUAAAGGUAUACAAAAAGCAAAUAAUGCAUCAUAGUUUUCUAUUC